AUUUUGGCUACGCUAAACUCAACGAAAACAAAAUUCGAUGGCGCCCCAGAUAGCCUUAUUGGGGCAAGUGUACCUUUAAUGUAUCCAAAUAAAAUUAAGCAACUUAAUGUGAAGACGUAUAAUCCAGUUACACAAUCUCUAAUGAAGAAGUAUGGCAAUAGCGGAAUUAAUCCAGAUACGAAAUAUGAUGCUCCAAUUACUAAUGCGCUUUGCCUAUUUUAA